AGAGGGUACACAUGCGUCUGGUUCAUGUUUAAGAGUCCUGCCAUCAUGUCUGCCAAAGGUGUGGUCAGCAUCAUCGUCGUCGCUUGCUGGGUUCUGUGCAUGCUGUGUCCGACGUCCGCCGCAUACGGUCCACUGACUCAUGCGUGCUGUGUGAAGUACACUCGGACUCCUGUGCCCUUCAAACUGAUCAAAGGUUACAUCGAGCAGAGCUCCCUCGAAGUUUGCCGCAUCAAUGCCAUCAUAUUCAUCACCAAGCGCAACAAGAAGGUGUGUGUGAGCGCGGCAGACGGCUGGGUGAGGGACAUACUGGAGCGCCUGAGCACUAAAAUGAAAAAGAUGUCAAAGCCUAACCACACCGGCGGCCUCAGCGUCGGCACAGCGAGGAGUGCCACCACAAGUUCGUAGAGUCUGCCUGCGCGACUGUACCUUCAGUUACCUUCAGUAACAGCUUCUACAAGCCUCUGUGACUGACCUAUUUCUGAUGUCCCUGCACUUUUUUAUCUAAAGAACAUAAUCUAUAUGCAUAUGCAAUUAUUAUUUUUUUUUUUAUUUGUGCUUUCUGUGUAACACUUGCAGCUUGCAGCAUUAAACUAUAUAUUAUAUAACUCACCUCAGGCUAAAUUAAGGCUCUUGCACUCUUUUUUAUUAUGAUUGUUUUGUUUUGUCAGAUACAGGCAGUAUCAUUCUUUAGAACCAUAAUAAUAAUAUUUGAUUCUGUAUUAUGGACAGAGUCUGAACCAAUAAAAUGAGUCAUCAAAUAAUGUAUAUGUAUGAGUAUGAUGUAGUUUCAUGUAAAGGCUGUAACAUAUACUGACUGUAUCUUGAACAAAACAAAGCAGAAAAAAGUACUCUGUAUUUUCUGUCUGAUAAAGACGUGUGACUUAAUUGACACUUAAUUAAAUAAAGUAAAAAUCUAAAACGUA